GUAGUAGCCCCGCUGUUUCACGGCUCUAGAGAGAUAUAUAAACUGCUCUCUCUCUAUCUCCUCCUUUCAUCUUCUCUUGUUUCCAAAACAGUCACAUUCCAAACGCACCUCAAAGAGAAAGAGAGACUCUUAGAUUUACAUAUCUAUCUCGAGGCUGAUUCUGAAACGACACCAAGAAGAGAGAGAGAGAGAUUUAAUUUGGUUCUUUUUUAAUCUCUGGUUCAGUAGUCGGGUUUGAUGGUGGAUUCGAAUCUAUUUCCAAACAUCGAGGUCACUGGUGGUGAAUCGUCUCAACGGAAGAAGCCGAGGAUAUCUGAGACAGACGCGGAUUUAGAAGCACGACGGAUCAACGAAGAUUGCUUUAAGAGAUGGAAAACGAAUCGUGUUCAGCAGAUCUACGCUUCCAAGCUCGUCGAAGCUUUACGCCGUGUUCGUCAAAGAUCCACCACCACUACCGACGAGGCUGAUAAAGUUGUCUCCGGUGCGGCAAGGGAGAUACGUGAUACGGCCGAUCGAGUUCUCGCUGCUUCUGCUCGAGGUACGACUCGGUGGAGCAGAGCGCUUUUAGCUAGCCGCGUCCGAGCGAAGCUCAAGAAACACAGAAAGGCGAAGAAGUCAACCGGUGGUUGUAAACCGAUAAAAGCCGCGAGUCGGAUUAAGUUACCGGCGGUUGAUAGAAAACUCAAGAUUCUUGGCCGGUUAGUUCCCGGUUGUCGGAAAGUCUCCGUACCGAACCUUUUAGAUGAAGCGACGGAUUACAUAGCGGCGUUAGAGAUGCAGGUACGAGCUAUGGAAGCUCUCGCCGAACUUCUAACCGCCGCCGCACCACGGACGACGUUGACCGGACCUUAACGGCGGCAGUUAGUUUGUCAGUUGUUAAUUAGCUUUAUUAUUUUUACCUUUUUACCCUUUUUAUUUUGAUCAAGUGCUUCUUCUUUUUUUUUUUUUUUUGGUUUGAGUCUUAAGCGAUUUUAAUUUAUUAAAUUCAUGUAUUUUAUUUGUAUACAUCAGUUAUCGAUUUUGAUCCUUCUUUAUUAUUCCAUA